AUGAAAAGGAUUAGUUCAAAAAAGUCUUACGACUCGGCGUUAACUUACGAGGAAACGAAUACAGAAGAAAAUUUAAAUAAUGCCCUACUUAUAUCUACUGACGAGAAGGUUUUAUCAAAUUCGGUUGACGAAAUAUUUGAUGGCACAAAUGGAUCUCAUUCUGUAUCGAAAAACGUCGAUGUUGACAGGCACCUUUCAGACAUAUUUGAAUAUACUGAUAGCACAAAACUAAUUUCUUUUUCUUGUACAAAAAGUAAUUCAAACAAGAAUGACAAACAUGUCAAUGAUUCAGUGCAAAAUUUGAACAAUCUACAAUAUCAACAAGACACAAAUGCAGAAGAGGAAAAUCAUGAAACAAAUAAAUAUGUUCCAUUAAGGGUGCGAUUAAGACGUAUGUUUGAUGAAAUUUUAGGAAAAUACAAUAAUCCUGUGAAAGAAUCAAAUGCAACUUGUUCUACUAGAAAUUCAGUCAACGAAUGUUCAUUAAAUAAUAGUAAUUUGUUGAUAACCAAGUUAGACAAUACACAUGAAACACAUAAUAAUGAUUCAUUGCAACUUGUACAGAAACCUAAUUAUACAGUUAUAAUGUCAAUUAAAAAUAUAAAAGAUUCUGGCAACACUAAAGUUUUAUCUUCACAUGAUACGUCAAUGUCUUUUUUAAGUGGAUUUGUUCCUAAUAAUUUAGUUACAAUAUUAGAAAAUUCCAAUGAAGAUACUAGUAAUUCAGAGAUAUACAGAUCUUUUGAUUGGUCAAAAACAUACAUAGGCAAAUUACCAAAAUUGUCUCCUGAUAAUGUAAUGGGUAAAUAUUGUACAAGUAAAACAAUAUUUACUACUAGUGACAUAAAUGACAGUGAAACUAGUUUAUCUUCAAAUAUAUCUAAUGACAUUGAAGUAAUAAGUAAAGAAAUUUUUCAAAAAGCAAAUAGCUUACAAAGUAAUAAUCUUUUGAAUUUUGUUUCUCAGAUUGAGAAGAUAGAUAAUGGUAAUAAUGUAAACAAUGAAGAUUGA